UAUCUUCCUUACAGUUUUCCGUUGGGGACACAAUUCUAGGUAGAACAGUGCUCGGACCAUAAACGGAACGUGUUGUUGUGUUGUGUGUUCAAAAAGUCUACAUGCGACUGUAAAUAAUACAUUAUUUAAGCAAAGAUAAAGACAUAAGAUUGGACGGCGGGGAUCCAGAAGAAGCCAUGAAGAAAAAAGUUCACCACAGAGAAAAAAUGCUGCUCAAUCAAGAGUUAUCUGCAUAUGCUGUCGGCCAGGUAUCAGGCAGUUUGUUCCAACAGAGCUCUGAACCGUCUGGGUCAUUGUCAGCAUUAUUCACGACUCCGUUACCAGCGUCAGAAUCUCUGUUUCAGCCUGUCCCCAAGAAGCGUAUACAAAAGACUACAGAAAGAAAUGAGCAGCAGAAAGAUGGCUUAGAAGUGAAGGUCAAGCAGACGACGAACAAAUCCUUCAGGAAGACAUCAGUGGCUGAGCAGCAACUGCUGAACAGGGAGAGCAGUUUAUUAACAGCAGACACAGACGAGGAUGUGCAAAAGAGUUCAAUGAGGAAAAAGAGGAAAGCAUCAGAGAUUACUGGUGAAAACAGUGCAGAGUACUGGGUGAUGAAGCGACAGAAACAGAAAGCCAAUAAACAAGAGGAAGCCUUAAAGAUGAAAAGGACCGUGUUUGUUGGCAACCUACCAAUCAGCUGCACAAUGAAGACUCUGCAAGGACUCUUCAAAGAUAAAGGACCGAUUGAAUCUGCUCGGUUUCGCUCUGUGGUUAGAGAGGAUCCCUCAAUGUCUCGUAAAGAAGCAACUAUUAAACGCCAAGUUCAUCCCAAGAAGCAAAGCAUAAAUGCUUAUGUGGUGUUUAAAAAUGAAGAGGGAGUUAUUAAUGCUCUGGAGAGGAACGGCAUGGAGAUUGAGAAAGGCUUUCACAUCCGAGUGGACAGAGUGACUGACAAGUCAUCACAUGAUCACAAGCGCUCUGUUUUUGUUGGGAACCUGGCAUUUGAUAUCAAGGAGUUGGCAUUUCGACAGCAUUUUGAGGAGUGUGGAAAAGUCGAGGCAGUGCGACUAGUGCGAGACCCAAACUCCGGACUUGGGAAAGGAUUCGGAUAUGUCCUAUUUGAGAGUGCCGACUCGGUAGAGGUGGCGCUAGCACUGGAUGGCUCAAAGCUGGAAAGCAGGUCCAUCCGUGUGAAGAGAUCAGUGAAAAAGGAAAAGCAGACGAAUAAAACCAACAGCAAAGGAUCCCUGAGGAAGUCCAGGCAGAAUGCUGUGAAAGGUUCAGGAGGGGCCCAGAAACCCGGUCAAGCAAAUUUCAAACCCAAACCAAGUAACCUCUCGUCUUUUAAAGGAGAGAUGGCAAAUCCAAACAAGAAAAAUAGGAAAGUUUUAAAGAAGAAAAAUAAGACAAAAAAGAGACAUCGAGUUUCUACGAAAUGAAGGACUAACGGUGAUAAAAUCUGUUUCCUUGACUGUUUGAAAAAGAUUUUCUUUUUCACAAUGUUUUCUAAUGCAAUUCUCCUUCCAGACAAAUAACCAAGUAAAGGAUAUGGUAUUCUGAAAAUGCACAUUUUCUCAAGAUUGGGUGUGGUUUUAAUUUUAAAAGUUUAAACCUGGGGUGUGUUUGGAAAAAAAAGAAUAAAUGCUCAAUUUUAUUCUUGCAAUAUAUUUAGCUACAAAUGUUCAAUUCAAUUAAGGAAUACUUUAUUUGUCAUGAAGGGAAAUUAAAUGUUGUAACUCAUUAACCCAAA